CACUUCAAAGUGCCAAUGUGAACACGGCUAAAGAGUCCGACCUCACUGAAUCUCAUGUACGGGUUCACUGCAUCUCAUCUCGUCUCUUUUUAUUAAGAUCUGUUUCAAGACAAUAACAUCUUUCAAUAAGUGUCCAGUAUUAUGGCUAACUGCUUUAUUGUGACACCAGUAAAAAGGAGUGAGUUUGACAGAGUGCAUUAGUCGUCCCCGGAGCCACUUAGUAGCCCCUGUAAUUACCUCUGAACAUGCUGGCUAAUGAGAUGUGACACACACCAGCCGGUGGCCCAGAUGAGGAGGGAGACUGAACCAGAAAUGCAGCCGUCGGCUUAGCCCAGCUUAAUGUAGUCACUACAAUUCAUGAACCCAUUCCUGUACGUGAAAACCUAACGUUACCCGGAGACUGAAGCCCUGACUGAACUGUCAACAAAAGAUUUGACGCUCUGGACAUCCAACUGGGAGGGGUCAGGAAUCUCUGGACAGAAGGCAGUUGUAGCCCAAAGUUGUGCUGUUACGGCAGGUCAGAGAGACUGUUUUAGAGACUGUGUCGUUGGCGGAGAGUCUUACUAGGGAGAGGAGGUUUUUUGGCUGUAUCUGGGCUGGCUAACAGGUCACCGUCCUCGGUAUGUGUCAGCACGCGAAACGACAGCAGCUGAGUUGUCUCACCCUGAAGGAGCAGGUCUCAAUCAUAACCAGUGACAGAGUGAUCGAGAAGCUUGAGAUGUCCAUCCUGUCAAGGGUCCGAGAGUGGGUGAGGAUGAAAAGAGGCAGCAGGUACAGUACUAUAUGUUGUUUACAGGUACAGUACUGUAUGUUGUUUUAAGGUACUGUAUGUUUUAAGGUACAGUACUGUAUAUUGUUUACAGGUACUGUAUGUUGUUUACAGGUACAGUACUGUAUGUUGUUUUAAGGUACAGUACUGUAUGUUGUUUACAGGUACUGUAUGUUGUUUACAGGUACGUAUGUUGGUUACAACAGGUACGUAUGUUGGUUACAGCACUGUGGUCUAUUGAAGACUGCUCAUGACUGGCCCAAAACUUAGGCAUUAUAUUCUAAUAUAACUCUAAUUACUGUAACGAUUUGUCUUGAGAUGGACAUUGGUUUGUGGCUGUUCAUGAAGUGCUAUUUUUCAGUCAGCUAAUGUUCACUAAAGUUUGAAUCAGAUGCUGGGAAGUGUUUGAUUGGUAUGAGGAGAGCAGGUGGUUAUUGUAUUUCAGGUAUUGGAUUGAGUUGACAAUGUUCUUACCACUCCAGACCCCAUGCAUACAGCAGGCUGUAUGUAAUAUGCUGUGCCAUAUGGAGGUGGGAGUCAUGCUUGGACUAAGCCAUGAUGUAGGUUAAUAAUGAUGUGAUGUCAUAAUAAUCCCAUAGUUUCCACCACCUCAGCACUAUAUUCUCCUGGUAGAUAAUCUCGUCCCCAGGCUAAUAGCCCAAGAGUCUGGUGAACGACAUUACUAUCCUGGAGAGAGCAUAUGGAAUCACUUGUUAUUGUUUUUCUGUCUUUAUCUGUAGUGGCAUGAAAGAAAGCCUGAAGCCUUUCCUUUUAAGAAAGCAACAGAACUUCCUGGAGGAGUAACCAACCACAGCUGUUUUAGAAGCCAGUGGUGGCAGGGUGUGGACUGUGGAGUUCUACAGUAUAGAUGCAGAUCCUAACCACAAACACAUAUGGGUGUGCUGUGGAGCCGAACUGCAUUGGUGGAGAGAAGUUUGGUUCUGUAUACCAACAUGACAAGGAUGGAGACAUCUUGUCUGGAGUUGGCCUUGGAGGGGGAGAGGCAGUGUAAGGUGGGGAAUUACCGUGCCGGGGUCUCCUUCUUUGAGUCGGCAAUCCAGGUUGGCACAGAGGACCUCCAGAUCCUCAGCGCCAUCUACAGCCAGCUGGGCAACGCAUACUUCCACCUGCAGGAGUACAGCAAGGCUCUAGAAUACCACCGCCACGACCUCAACCUCACCAGAACCAUUGGAGAUGAACUUGGAGAAGCAAAAGCCAGUGGUAACCUUGGGAACACUUUGAAGGUUUUGGGAAGGUUUGAUGAAGCAGUGGUCUGUUGCCAAAGACACUAUGACAUUACCAGAGGGAUGUACGAUAAGGUUGGGCAGGCCCGAGCACUGUAUAAUUUUGGCAACGUUUACCAUGCCAAGGGGAAAAGCAUCUGCUGGACUGGAGCAGAGCCAGGAGAAAUCCCUGAGGAGGCCAAGGUCGCUCUGAACAAAGCCACAGAGUUUUACGAAUUCAACCUUUCCAUUGUGAAGGACUUGGGGGAUCGGGCAGCACAGGGGCGGACCUAUGGUAACCUAGGUAACACACACUAUCUGCUCGGAAACUUCCAGCGAGCUGUGGUGGCCCAUGGACAGCGUCUCCUCAUCGCUAAGGAGUUUGGGGACAGGGCGGCUGAGAGGAGGGCCUACUAUAACCUAGGCAACGCUUACAUCUUCCUGGACCAGUUUGAAGUGGCGGCUGAACAUUACAAGAAGACUCUGCAGCUGGCCAUGGUGCUGAAGGAUAAGGCUGUGGAGGCUCAGGCCUGUUAUAGCCUGGGGAACACCUACACACUGCAGCAGGACUACCAGAGAGCCAUCGACUACCACCUCAAACACCUUAUCAUCGCACAGGAGCUCAAGGACAGGGUUGGGGAGGGCAGAGCGUGCUGGAGUUUAGGAAAUGCCCACACAGCCUUGGGGAAUCAUCAGAAGGCCAUUCACUUUGCUGAGAAGCAUCUGGAGAUAUCCAAAGAGACUGGAGACAAAAAUGGUGAGGCAACAGCCAGGAUGAAUAUGGCAGACCUGAAGUUAGUGCUGGGUCUGGGUCAGAACCCAAGCUCAAGCCUCAACACCAACAACAGCUCUGUUCUAACUGAGAACCACAGGAAGCAGGAUACCUUACCAGGUGUGAAGUCAGAAGGAAGGAGUAACAGUAUGGAGAACUUGGAGCAUAUAGGACUGGGCCCUGAGAAAACAACUGUAGAAAACUGGGACGAAGAUGUAUUUAGGCCUUCUAACCCUAAAUCCAGCAUGGCCAAGGCCUCCUCCAAACUGUUCUUCAUCAACCGGUUCAGAGGGAAGAAACACAAGAAACACAGCUCUCCUACCAGAGAUGGGGUACUCCAGGACACCAGCAACAAGCCCACGGCCCGAGAGAUGGACACACAUAAGUCUGGAGUCAAGAUCGGAUGUUCUGACACUCAGGGUGAUGAUGGCUUCUUCGACCUCCUCAGUCGUUUCCAGGGCAGCAGAAUGGACGACCAAAGGUGCUCCUUAUUGGACGGCGAGAGCCGUCUCUCCGAUCCCUUCUCUCCCUGUACUACCCCGCCUGUAGCCAUGAGGAAAUCUACUUCCGCAUGCGAGGCCAACCUGGAGCCUGGGCAUUUCCUGGAUCUGCGGGACAGCUCCCAGUGCAGUCGACUGGACGAGCAGAGAGCCAGCGUGGGCAACAGCCUCCCCGGUCUACGUCUCAGCACCUCCGAUCAGUCCAUCAGGCCCCACCCCAUGCUCAGUCGCCUGAUGACCAGUGCUGACCAGCCUCAGGCUGACGACGUCUUCUUUGACAUGCUAGUCAAGUGCCAGGGUUCAAGACUGAAUGACCAGCGGUGUGAAGAACCCCCUCCCUCCACUAGAGGUCCUACUGUCCCAGCUGAGGACUUCUUUAGCCUUAUCCUGCGCUCCCAGGCUAACCGGAUGGACGAGCAGCGGGUCCCACCACCACCCCUAACUGACCAGCUUUAGUCUACUUCUACCUAUCCUCAGCUUCUCUCAGCCCAGAAACCAGCACACCGAUGCAUUCCUCUACCAAAGCCCUAACUGAAAAUGGAUCUACCCCCCCAAACUACUCUAGAAAUCAUGGAGUCCUAAUGUACAGACUUAUUAUUCUGGCAGAGAUUUUACAUACUUUUUUUGUUAUGUUGACUGGGCUUCUUUCAGCCUUUCUCUGUGUGUGAAUGACCCAGACAGUGCAAUAAACUGACAAUUGAACAGAUUUUUCAUAGUUAAACUUGUUUUGUAUCAUAUAUAUAUAUAUAAGCUUAUGUUGAUGGAGGAGUUAAAUUGUACAGGCCCGCAAUGUUUUCUACUUCCGGUGUAUGCACACCUUGAGGAAA